AUGAAGCUCACGACAGCCCUCACCCUUGCUUUCGCAGCCGACGCAGCCACCGCCCACUACCUCUUCAUAGACACCACCGCCCCAUCCUCAAUCCGCACACCCGCCAACUACCUUACUAAAGCCCCCAUCACAGAUCUCACCUCCCCACUCCUCCGCUGCAACGAACUCACCCCCGGCACCCCGGCACCCACAACCCGCGACGUCACCCCCGGCACACCCCUAACCUUCAAAGUAGACCCCUACAUCACCCACCCAGGCCCUCUGCAAUUCUACCUCGCGCGCGCGCCCCCCGGCGUCCCCGCAUCCGCCUGGGACGGCGCAGGCCGCGUGUGGUUUAAGAUCGCGACAGAGCCUGCGCGCAUCGACAGCAUGGGCGGGUUGUCGUGGGCGAGCCAGUACGGCGACGCGGCGCGUGUGACGGUGCCCGUGGGCACGCCGCCGGGCGAGUAUCUGCUGCGCAUCGAGCAUUUGGCGCUGCAUGUGGCGGCGCUGGAGGGCGGGGCGCAGGUGCAUGUUGCGUGUGCGCAGAUUAGGGUGUUGGGGGAGGGGACGGGGGUGCCCGGGCCGUUGGUGGAGUUUCCGGGCGCGUAUAAGCCGGAUGAUAAGGGGUUGAAGGUCUAUUUGUUUACUAGCCAGACGAGUUAUACGCCGCCGGGCCCGCCUGUGUGGAGCGGUUGA